CGUGGACCGCUUUUACCCUAGCAAUGGAAAAUACCUUCAAUAAAUUAUAAAAUUAAAAAUUUUAAUAAGAAGAUAAAAAUAUAACAAAAAUGAGGUACAAGCAUAUCACGAUUGUCGGAAUUACUCUGAUAGUAAUUGUCUUUCUCCUUUCCGGCUUAAUGUAUUACUUGAAUCAAGAUGAGUGUUCAGUGGGAACAUUUCUCUGUCGAAAUAGUACAAAGUGCAUUCCUCAACGAAGUUGGUGCAAUAAUCAUCUAGAUUGUCCCGAGGGUGACGACGAAUUACAAACAGAAUGCUUCGAUUCACAUGGAAAUUGGGACUAUUUCUUGAAACUUCGGAAACCACAGAAGUUUCUACCUACUUGUGGCAAUGAAUCUUUGGAAUUUCUUCCACGAUGCGUGUACGUGGAAUGUCACGUAACGUGUACUGAGUACAGAGAAAUACCUCAAAUGUUCAGUGUCAACGUUACCAAGAUAACUAUGACUAACAAUUAUGUGACAAAUUUGCCUGCAAAUGUCCUUUCAAAAUAUUCUCAAUUGCGAUUAUUAUAUCUCAAGAAUAAUUCCAUUGCAAAAUUGGAAAAGGGUGCUUUUAAAUUCCAAACUAAAUUAGAAGACCUAAUUUUGUCCAAAAAUUAUAUACAAGAGAUCAGACAGGGGCACUUUAUUGGUUUGAAUUCUCUGACAAGAUUAAUUAUUGAUGAAAAUAAAAUCUGGGUUUCCGAUUUGUCAGAUUUUGAAAACAGCACUUCACUCGAAUGGAUAAACUUGAAUAAGAAUUUUCUGACGUGUCAAAAUUUAACACUUCCAUUCCUACCAGCACUAGAAGAGUUAUUUUUGGAUGAUAAUCGUUUGGGGUAUAUAACAGAAAAUUUAUUUUCUGGAUUACCAAAGCUGAAUACGCUAAGUCUAGAAGCAAAUCAUAUACAAACUAUUGCUGACAAUUCUUUUCAGAAUUUAAGGUCACUUACAGAACUCAAUUUAGCUUACAACGAAAUUGUAACUGUAUACCCACACAUUUUUCAACCGUUACGAAAGCUUCAAAAACUAUCAAUAGGAUUUAACCCUAUCGAAAAUUUGCCACUAACUCUCUUCGAUCCACUUAGAAAUUUACGAUCACUAGGUGUGGAAGAUAUUAACAUGGUUAAUGUUGAGAAAAACGUCUUCGAUUUGUUUCCAAAUUUAGAUUUCAUAUAUUUCAAAAAAUUUCACUACUGUCCUAUGUACGCUCCGAAGGUUAAAAAAUGUCGUCCAGUAAGUGAUGGAGUUUCAUCUCUCUCACAUUUGCUGGGCAAACCAAUAUUAAGAGCAGCAGUUUGGGGAAUAUCCUGUGUAACUUGUUUAGGAAAUGCCCUCGUCCUUUGGGGAAGAUUUACUGCUAACGAUGAAAAUCGAGUGCUGAGCAUUGUGAUAAGAAACCUGGCAGUUUCAGAUAUGUUGAUGGGAAUUUAUCUGUUAAUAAUUGCGGUGGAAGAUAUUCGAUUUCGGGACAAUUACAGCAAAGAAGCAAAUUCCUGGAUGUCUUCCUGGUCUUGUACUCUUGUUGGAAUCUUGGCGAUGACGUCUUCAGAAGUUUCGGUGCUGAUCCUGUCGUUCAUGUCUGUGGAGAGAUUUAUGGUGAUCGCUGCACCUUUGAAAAGUCAUCGCGCCUUGACACCACAAACUGCCUCUUCUUCGAUGAUUAUUGCUUGGAUUAUUGGCCUUACUCUUGCCUUCAUUCCUGUCAUUCACUGGAGAAGCAGUACAAAAUUCUACGGUGUAAAUGGAAUGUGCUUCCCUCUGCAUAUUGAGGAUCCUUUUCUUGUCGGAUGGGAAUACUCUGCUUUCAUUUUCCUCGGCUUGAAUCUUUUAGGACUCGUCACGAUCUGUUACGUUUAUACCGGAAUGUUCGCCAGUAUUUGGAGAACGCGACAUGCCACUCCUUUGUCAAUUGGUGAUUCUGAAUUUGCCUUGAGGUUCUUCCUGAUCGUGAUGACGGAUGCUGCGUGCUGGGCACCAAUAAUCAUUCUCAAAGCUCUUGCAUUGAUGAAGUACCCCGUUCCGCCUGAUUUGCACGCUUGGGUGGUUGUUUUCAUUCUUCCCGUCAAUAGCGCUGUCAACCCUUUGUUAUAUACAUUCACUACCCCUAAAUUCAGAGAAAGAAUGAACGAUGGAUGGUUUGUGAAAAUUCGUUUGAAUUUUACGAGAAGAUCUUCUAGACAAGAUUCUCAGGUAUCAAAUACAUUAAACAACAAGAGUCUAAAGCUCUCCUUGCCGAUUGCGGUCCAGUAUCCUACAGAAAAUAGUUUUCCUUCAUUUGUCCAAGAUGAAAUCGUCAGAGGACUUCGUAAUCACGAACAAAAAUUUUAAACCAUACCUAUACUCAAGGAUUCUAUUCUAAAAAUGAUAAAUAUAUUUAUCAUUCUUUAGAGUUAAACCUAAAAUCUACAGUUUGAACUAAAUGUUCGUUCAUCGUCCGAGUUUCACCCUUAGGGGCCCAUCCAUAAAUUACC